GAGAUCAAAGCGAAAUGAGCGGGAAGGCCUCCUGUGCCCUGGAGACGGUCUGGGAAGACAAGCAGAAGUACGGGGAAGCCGAGCGGCGCUUCUACGAGCACGAGGCCAUGAGAGCCGCCGCCCAGCAGCUCCCGGCCGAGGCACUGGCAGUGAACGGGCCGGGCCGGGAGGAUGAGGCCGAGGAGGCGGGCGCCCCCAACGGCAACGGCAGCAGCGAGCCCGGGAAGAGCCACAAUGGGAAGAAGCCGUUGCAGAAGCCGAGGAAGCGCUCCCCGAGGGGCUGGCUCAGCCAGGGGGACCUGGCCCUCGUGGGCCUCUCAGCCGACCACGUCUGGCUGGACAAGCCGCUGUUCGACCAGGCGGAGAGCUCGUACCACCAGAGGCUGGCAGAUGCGGCCGCCCAGGCAGCCCGGCCUCCCGCCCUGGCCCCUGGGGCCCUCUGCGCCCUCGGAAGCCAGGUGGCCUGCCACCACGUGACCUGGGGCGUCUGGGUCAACAAGUCUUCCUUUGACCAGGCUGAGCGGGCGUUCGUGGAGUGGUCUCAGGCCUUGCUGCUGGCUGCGGAGGGGAGCGGCGGGCAGGGGGCUCCCGACACGGGCCAGUGGGCGGCCGCCCCCGACCUGCACCUCAUCCGCCAGCCCAGCCCGCCAGCCAACGGCCAGCCCCCACUGGGCAGCCUGCAGGCGCUGGUGCGGGAGGUGUGGCUGGAGAAGCCCCGCUACGACGCGGCCGAGAGGGUCUUCUACGAGGCCCUGUUUGACGGCCACCCCCCUGGGAAGGUGCGCUUGCAGGAGCGAGCCGGUCAGGCUGAGGGCGCCCGGCGCGGCCGCAGAGACCGGCGCGGCCGCAACGCCGUGGGAAGCCGGCGGCUCGGGCCGCGGCGGGUGGACGGGGAGGCCUCCUCUGCCCUGCCCUACCGGUACUUCCUGCACAAGGAUGCAGAGGCCCCCUGGCUCAGCAAGCCGGCCUACGACAGCGCAGAGUGCCGCCACCACGCCGCCGAGGCCCUGCGCAUGGCCUGGCGCCUUGAAGCUCCGUCCCUGGUUCACCGACCCAGCGCCCGGUCUGGCCCUUCCAUGUCCAGCCUGAGACCCAAGAAAAUGGCCACAAACUUUCUGGUGCACGAGAAGAUCUGGUUUGACAAGUUCAAAUAUGACGAUGCAGAAAGGAAAUUCUACGAGCAGAGGAACGGGCCCGCGGCCGGCUCCUCACGCCAGGAGAACGGCGCCAGCGUGAUCCUCCGUGACAUCGCGAGAGCCAGAGAAAACAUCCAGAAGUCCCUGGCCGGGAGCUCAGGCCCCGGGGCCCCCAGCGGGCCCGGCGGAGACCACAGUGAGCUGGUCAUCCGGAUUGCCAGCCUGGAAGUGGAGAACCAGAGCCUGCGAGGGGUGGUGCAGGAUCUGCAGCAGGCUGUCUCCCAGCUGGAGGCCCGGCUGAGCGCGCUAGAGAAGAGCUCGCCCGCCCACCGGGCCACAGCUCCGCAGACCCAGCACGUGUCUCCCAUGCGCCAAGUGGAGCCCCCCGCCAGGAAGGUGGCCACCGCCACAGAGGACGACGAGGACGACGACAUUGACCUGUUCGGCAGCGACGAGGAGGAGGACCGGGAGGCGGCCCGGCUGCGGGAGGAGAGGCUGCGGCAGUACGCCGAGAAGAAGGCUGCAAAGCCUGCCCUGGUGGCCAAGUCCUCCAUCCUCCUGGACGUCAAGCCUUGGGAUGACGAGACGGACAUGGCCCAGCUGGAGGCCCGCGUGCGCUCCAUCCAGCUGGAUGGGCUGACCUGGGGGGGCUCCAAGCUGGUGCCCGUGGGCUACGGCAUCCACAAGCUACAGAUCCAGUGUGUGGUGGAGGACGACAAGGUGGGCACGGACCUCCUGGAAGAGGAGAUCACCAAGUUUGAGGAGCACGUGCAGAGCGUUGACAUUGCUGCUUUCAACAAGAUCUGAGCCCCGGCACUGGCCUGAGCGUGUGAAGCCUUGCAGCCAAUAAAGACUGAGAUUCCA